GUUCUGCCAGGUGCACGGCGCGCGUGUUGGGCCAGGUGGCCCGAGCGGGUUUUGCGCGCGUCUCCUGUCGAGUUCGUGCGUUCGCUCGCAGCCAGCGGCCGUCGCCGAGUUGACCGGGUUCCGUUUCUGCGAUUGUGUGUCGAACCCCAAUCUUUUGUCCGCGCCUGCACGGGUCGUCAUCGCGCGAAGGAGUGACGAAACGAAGACAUGUCAAGCUUUGCCGUCAGCCCGUCGCGUCGGCUCUGAGUCGACGUGUGCAGUGUUCUUCCCCGUGAGUUGUGCCAGUGGCCGUCGCUGUGGUUUCGCCGGCAGGCCGGAAGUUGUGGCUCCUCUGUUUUGUUGCACGGCGCUGCUGUCAUGGCGGUCCGCGAUACGGUGUAGCGUGCGAGACGUUUCGGAUUGACCGUGCUCUUCCUGCGAGACGGCGGCGUUUUGUGGUUCAUGGCUGUGGCGUUCCUCGUCGCGACCCCGCCGUAGUUUAGCGGGGCCGUCGGCUUAACCCCGCCAGGAAUACCGUCUCUUCGCCAUGAUGUCCGGUCCUGGCCUGGACUGGACUGCCGUGGAGAAGCUGAUGCAUGCCGACGAGGAACGCUUCGAAGAGGCCGUCAGUUCUCUCAGCGUCAGAGAGCUGUUGGACCUGGUGUCUGGCCUCCAGUCAGCCAUGGCCGAAGAGCAACGGCGGUUUGAUGCCCUGGGAUUGCAGCUGCAGCGACUGGGUGCCCAAGGCGGUGAUCCAGAGGAGCAAAGGGCACUCUCUGCUGCAUUGUGUGCCUCACAGCUUCGCCUCGCACGACUGUGCACUCGCAACAUGCGGUGUUUCGCGCAGCAAGCUAUCCAAAAGAAGGAGGGUGAAUCUCGUAACACCAGUAGCAGUGGCAGCAGUGGUGGCAACAGGAGUAUUGGCAGCAGUGGCAGCAGCAGCAAGCGGUUGCGGGAACCUUAUCGCGACCAGGGCUCCACUGAGCUAUCAACAUCGCCACUUAUCCGGCGGAACCUUCUCGACAUCUCCGACUUCGAUGAGGUGGAAGCGGCCUUUUCCUCGAUGAUGGAAGACGGCUCUUCUUCCCAAGAGGUUCUGUCCACACCUUUUUCGGCUCAAGAGGAAAAUCACGUUGACAAUGACUACGACCCGAAAGAUUUCGUUGUGCACAGAAACACAUUCAUCACAACCGAAGACUACCACUCCGAGGAUUCAACACUGCCUGGCAGCAGCCCUCAACCGCUGGUGCGCGAGGCCUCAAGCGACGUGUCGGACGACGACGAAGGCGACUACCAUCUGCCCUACGACGAGGAUGAGGAGGAGAUGCAGCAGCGAGGCUACGACUCUCGGCACCAUUAUGCCUUCUACCCAGAGGAGACCGAACUCGAGGUCAUCCCCGAGGAGGAUGAAGACCACGCUAGCAACUCCGACUGCUCGGACCCAAUGGGUGAGCGGAGUCGAAUGACUGAGCACGAUUCAGGCGUGACUGAUGAGCAACACAGCAGCGGCAGUGAUGAUGACCGGAGGCAUGGCAAGCGGUCAGAGGACACUGACAGUGGACUGCAUUCGCUUCCGUGGACACGAGACUGCGAUUCAUCGCGUGGGAGUCCAGAGACCAGCCCCGACACCAGGGAACGCCCCGAGAUCAAGCACACCACCAAGCCCGAGCCAAAGGCCGAAUCGAAGCUAGAGUCGAAGCCAGAGCAGAGGCAAGCAUCGAGGCAUUCGAGUGAUGUGCCACGAGCUACUGUGUCCAUUCAAUGCAAUGGUCCGGAUUCCCUUCGCAAUGUUCUCUCGGCACAACAGAACGAUUCCUCUCCGAGAGGCCCCGAACUUCUCAAGGGUAGCCGACUGGCCGAGCUUAUCAAGAGCUUCGAACAAGUGUCGGUGACCACGACAAAUGGUCAGUCACUCCUGCCAUCACGUUCAACAACCACCCCCACAUCUCUACCCGUAUCAUCAUCCCCUGCCACUGCUGCGAUGCUGACCGUGACUGCAAGGUCGCGACCUGCGGAAACUGUCACAACGGUAACGGUGAAUCAUGUCUCUGCAAACAACUCUCCGUCGUGGACGACCAACGGUGGUACAUUGCCUGUCACACCUGCGCACAUUGAUCCCUCUGUCGACGAAGAGCUGUUGCCAAGGAGCUCAACCUUAAUGUGGAAUCCCACUGACCUUCUGAAGGAACUGUACAGAAUCGAAAUGCCUCAGCAGGGUUCACGGGACUGCGGUGCAUGCAUCAAUCGUGAAGGAUACUUGGACGUAAUGCCUUCCAAUCGCAAGAAGGCCACCUACUGGAACCCCUGGAGGCGGCGCUACAUGCGACUACAGGACGGAACACUCUCCUGCCUCGAGCAUGACAAGUCAACAAAGCCACUGGUGAAGAUGCAAUUGCUUGGUGGUCAGGUUGACACCCUCGAGAACCACAUGAUUGGCAUUGAUGAUCGGACGCGUAUUAUAUUUUCAGCGGCUCUACCAACAGUCUACUUCCCAUCAGUCUGCAGUACAGACCGAACUACAGGCAAACGGUACUUUGGCCUGGAUGCUGUGAAGCCAGAAGUGCGCCGGAAUUCGCAGCUCAGCUUUCCCCUCUUGCCAUCGGCAAAAAUUUCGAAGUACACAAUAGACGUGGAUGGACUUCCUGAGCUUAUGAACAAGAUCUUCCGUGACCUGGGCAUCACAAAUCCUUCAGAGUACAAAGUGCAGCUGUGUGUUCCACGCAGCCUCAGCCUGCAGACUCAGGCAGCCCUCGCUGAAGCCCUCCUCUCUCGUGUGGGUGUCGGUGCCCUGAGUGUCACCCACCAGGCCAUCUGUGCUCUGUACGCUUACAACACUACAUCGGGGGUGGUUGUGGACCUGGGAGCACGCAUCGACAUCCUGCCUAUUGCGGAUGGAUACAUUGUGGAAGGUGGUGUAUCUCGGUUGCCUCACGGAGCCCAGCAGUUAACGCAGCAGUUGCGACAAGCCCUCGCCCAGAAGCAGCUCAGCUUGUUUGGAGAGUUGGAGUUGUACCUGGUGCGUUGGGUGCAGCAGCAAGCGUGCUACGUGGCACCAAACUACCGAACAGAACUCAAUGCCUGCCACUGUGAUCCUGCUGCCUACGAGUGCUGCUUGCCUCUGGGACGUUUCUUCCAGCCACCUGCACCUCACAUGGAGGCCCGCUUGGACCUGGGGCGGUUCCAAUGCCCGGAGGGUUUGUUCCGGCCCGAGCUGUGGGGCCUAGACUGCCCGGGCCUCGGCAAGCUGCUGCAGCGUGCUCUGCAGGAGUGCUCACUGGACGUGCGUCGACAGAUGGCGCGUUCUGUGUUCCUCUCGGGAGGCCUCUCGCUGUUGCCGGGAUUGCCUCAGCGGCUGCAGACCGAACUGGACGCCCUCACUCCAGAGUCUCUGCAGCCCAAGGUCCACGCUUCUCCCUACCGUGUCCACAUGGCCUUCCUCGGGGCCAGCACCAUGGCAUCGACAUCGGCCUUCGAGGAAGUGUGCGUGACACCGCGCGAGUGGAAGCAGAAAGGUCCAUCGUGCCUCAGUAGGUGGCACCUGUGAGCAAAAAGAAAGAGUGAUUAUCGUGUUUAUAAGAACUUCGCCACGCAACAUUCAAUUGACAACUGGCCCCUUGUGCCCAUGGCACGGGUAAACCUGUGCCAGCUCUUCCAAUGUCCAAAAGUGGCAGUCACGCAACAGGUGUGGAGGCAAGUCGCUGGAAAUGUCGUACAUUGUGCGCCUUGCUUGUCGCCGACUGCAACCAGUUUUCUCAUGGCGGACGGAUGAGAAAAUACUCCAAGUCCCAAGUUGACAGAGUCCUAAAGCAAGUACAGCCACCCCAUGCGAUGGCCGUGAAUCAUCGAAAGCAGAGGGUCAGUUGAGCAGACAGCUGUGCACUCAGAAGCCUCAGCUUAUGAUUCACCUAGUACUGUGGCAGUUGAACAACUAUGCUCUGUGGAACUACUGAGGCAUCUCAGUGUGUUUCGAUCACUGUGUUCGGUGUAUUGAGAACGUUCUCACUGUGGCAAAGGCCUCGGGUACAGCAGCUUCAGUGCCUAAUAGCUUUCACAUUGCCAGUUGCUUCUUGGUGCAACUCGAAACCCGAGAGAAAUGUUGACAACACGAGUGAAAUUGCAUGCAUUGCAGAGCAGCAUGUGAAUUUGGCUGAUGAAUACACUGCUGCAGAUGUGGCUACCUUUACUUGAAGCUGGUGCUGCCUGCCAAUAAGAUCGUUAAAAAGUUCCCUGCAUGUUACUUUUAUCUUCAGUGGUAGAUGCACAAAAGGGGUGCAUAAUUUGAAAGACACCUGGGAUAUUUUAGCCUCUUUCAACGAAGGAGUGUUGAUGAAUGUUUAAAAGCAGCCAGCUAGUUGCUGGUGCACAGCUGCAGACCAGACCAGUCCAGUGUUUAGAAAAGCUGUAUGUAUUUUCUGUUUCUGCAUUGUCCACACCUAAGUUGUGUAUGGCGUUCAUUGUCAUUUGGCAGUGACUGACAAGUGUGUGGUUGGUUUAAGUGCCUUGUAUGAAUUUUUAGGAAGUAAAUUGAUUAGGCGGUGAAUUUUGAAGCUGUAGUUACAAAGAAGAAAAGAGCCCCGUGCCUUUCUGUACAUCAUCUUUCCAAUAUUUUUUUAUGUUUGACAAUUUAAAGUUGUCACAUUUGUCUCUGUGUCCGCAUUCCUCCUAGUAUGUAAAUACUUCUUUCUUCUAAACCAAGUUGGAAAGUUGUGACGUCCAGAGUUAUUUUAGGUACUGCUCAUGUAGUUGUUGCGACGUUUCAGGCUUCGAUUAUAACAUAGAAUCAGUACUUAAAUGACUGCAGCGUAGAAUAGAAAAUUAUCCAAGAAAAUCUGUAUGUCCCUAAUUUAUAGUGUUGGCGAAAAUUUCCUCUUUGUCAGAAAUCAUUGAGUACGUCUGAUGUGAUGCUUAUUUGUUGACUCCUGGCGCACAAAGCUGUUUUCCAAAGUGACGGAAAAGUGUAAAUUCUUUCACCAAGAUCAGCAUCGCAAUUUGUGUGGCAGAUUUCCACCUGUGUUCAUGCGCAUUUAAUUUUUUGGGUUUGCUUUAUUGGGUGUGCACUAUUUUUUGAAGAAGCUGUAACUCUUUUUCUUCGGCUCACACAUUUUGUACAGAUGCCACUGAAGAGGCAUUUCUUUUCCAAUGUCCACUUCCUCAAAGUUUGCGGUUUCACCUAAUUUAUAAUUCCUAUUCAUUUUUCUGUGUUGGCUACAGCAGGUCCCAUGAAGUAAGUAUAAUCGUUUAAAUUGGCUCUUGUCAUGAUAUAAUCAUUUCUAGAGCGUGAUGUGCUUGUACAGUAUACGAGUGCUUGAAUUCCUCUUGUGUGUUGCUAUUGCCUGUACCAAAUGUUCUUAAAUCUCUUCCUGGAAAAUGGUAAUUCAGGCCAUGUAUGUAAAAGGGAGCAAAAAGGGUCAGACCGUUCACAACUUGUUGCACCUGUUUCACCAUGAAGUUCUGGUGUAAAUUAUGCUGGUGUUGUCAUGCUUGACUGGAAAAGCAUUAAAACAUGGAUGAAUAAGGUUAGAGUUGGAGCCUGUGGAGGGCACGAGCCUUUAUUCAAGGGCCCAGCAGAUAUGUCUGAUAUUGUGCUGGCAACCUGAAGUGCAGUUGAAUAAUGUGCCUUCUAAGCAGUGACUUUCCAGGCUGUGCUGAAUUUUUUACCGUGAAAGGAAAAGUUCAUUUUGUUCUCUUUUUUCCUGCCAAGUUACUGAAACAUUCCAAUUAUAAUUGUGGGUAUGAUAUCUACAGCUAACUUGCCAUUUGUGUCAGUUCUUCCCAAUGUGUGCAGUCCUUUCCUAAAGUUUCUAAGCCAAUUAAUUAGAGAGAAGCUGCCAACAGAGGAACACACAGGGAGGCUUUAGUGGUAAAUAUUGUUCGCAGGAGUUCAGGAAUGGGAACACCAGUGUGUCUUUUAACCUCUGGGGCUUUGGAGGAACAAAUAUUCUACAGGGGACCGCAGCACAUUGGGUCAUCUCUAUAUUAAUGUGUAAAUAUUUGAAAUAUAUUUGUACCGAAAACGUGGAACCCCACGGCGCCUAUCAACAUUUGGCUGCCGUUAACUGCUGCACUGUAAAAUAUGACACUACAGAACAAAUGUCAAGCAUUUGCCAUUAGUAAUGUCCAAAUGUACAAAUAUACAUGAUCCAUCAAGAAAAUAUGGCAUCUCUAAGAGCAGCAAUGCUGACUUUGAAAGAAUGCAGUAAUGGUUCUGGUCCUUGCAUUUUGUUGCGCUUUUGCUCAAAGAAACAGAAACUAAUGCGGAAGUACGAGCUACUCGGUCAUUUGAAAGUUCACACCCCAAAGAAUGAAAAAACAACAAGUUCGCAUAGAACAGCAUGAGCAACGACUUCCGCGGAUUAUUUAUCGUGACUUUGCAUGCUGUUGCGAAAAACAGUGGUGAGGGGCUAAGAAAUUGUGUUGAUACAAACAGUUGUAGUUCAUGUGGUAUGCAAGCCAAUCCUCGACUGAGAUGACUGAAUUUUCUGACAAGACGCACUUACACCUGUACUCCUUAAUUGCCUCGUUGAUUGAAAAGGUCUUGAAGAUUUCCUUUUUAUUGCCUGGUCAAUAAAAGUACACAAAAGACUCAACUCGUUGAACGCGGGGUAGGAAUCUGUGACUACUGUUAAACAAGUUAUCCAGCCCCUUUAAUCUGCUCAUCAAAUGUUGUACAAUGCUCUUUCAUAAAUGCACCUUCCUGUCCACUCAGUGUAGCACAUUUCACAGGACUGGAAUCCCAUACACCAUGCCUGUUCUCUAUCUUUUGGAGGCAGUGGAAGACCUCAUGUACAGGACUCAUACACCAUCUCAUCAGAGUGAAUGGUGCAUUAGUUGAACUGUUCUGCAGCUGAACGGCACUGGUUCGACAGGGUUUCACUUUGAUUCCAGCUGCAAAGUCGCAUGUCUGCAGAAUAGCUGCCUUGCUUGGCCAAGUGGAGAAAGUAAAGUUAUCUCAGUCGAGGCUUGGAAUGUGCAUGGAGAAAUUCACAACUGCUUUCUUUUCAAUACAAUUUUUUCCCCAUCUCUUGCCACACUGUUUUUCUGCACCAGCAAGCCAUCCCACAAAAGACAGUCAGUUGUAGAGAGUGCUUGGCCUCUUCCUGUGUGUUCCUUGUCUAAUGCUUUCUUUGUGGUACCAGUACACUUGACAAAAACCAUUCUGAAAAUACCACUUAUUAUCAGCGUUUGCCACAGAGCUGCUGAAAAGAGGAAAUGAACAUCAGUGUCCAAUCUGAGAAGUUCCAUGUUAUCACAAGAUAAAACAGUGCCUUUCAAUGGAGUCUUUCAAUGGGAAUAUUGUGUUAGAAGCCCCUGUCGCCUGCUGUGGACUCAAUGGUGCCUAGAGGUCAUGCGAAGUAAUGUUCAACUGCAUAUACACUCAUUGUUGACCUUAUUUUAAUUACUGAUACUUCAAACAGUUUGUGCUAGUUAAUUUGCUGACACAAGGGCAUUUCAUCAUUCAGUGACGCUUAUAAGGCACCACUAGCAGUGGCAGCACGUAUAAAUGAAGAAAGCAGUUGUCGGGGGAGUGACCCAAAAUUUGUUCAAACCAUUGGAAUGUGUAUACUGUAUGCCAUUUCAAAUUGUGAGAUUUGCCCUAGAUAAUAUGUGAUAAAAUGUAUGAGUGAGAUUUAAUUAUUCACUGAAUUACCAGUCCAGACCUUGAUUCUUGUGAGUACGGCUUGAUAGAUCCCUGCGGAAGGUCAUGAAGCAUGAUACCUCAUUGAAGCAGUGGGGAAUUCUGUCCAUUGGAUUAGCCAGCUAAACUAAGUCAGGCGGUUGCAAAAAAAAGAAAUCCUCAGAACUGUGAUGUCGGAAUGAGUAACUAAGCCAUGGCUCUUGCUAUACUGUAAUCCAAGCAGCCAUCGACCUGAGAUGUGAUGGUGGUUUGUUGUCCCCGAGGCAUUGUGGGUGUGGUAGAGUGCGGUCUGUUAGAUGAAUCGCUCGUAGUGCAUUUGAUACUUUAGACAAGUGGCUCCAACAACUCUUCGUGACUGAGCCAGACAUGCAUGUUGCGACAUGGUAGCUGCCACAGUUGUUAAAUUGCAACUUGAAGUAGAGUGUUCAUACAAGAAAGCAAAUUAUUGCAUGGAUGGAUAUUGUCAGAAUGGGUCAUUGCAGUCCAACUCAUUCACUGUGCGGUUUCUCAGACAUUCAAAAGUUGUGAAGAAGGUGACGUUUUCCUUAAUUGAAGCAGCAUCCCACUUCCAUACACUUUACACCAGAAGUGUGUGAUUCAGUUAAGCUUGCAGCAUCAUUUCAUGUCGUCAUCAGUGUGUCGUCCUGUUUCCUUCGUUUCUCUGUGUUGUGGUUUUUUCCGUGCUUUCUACAGAUGUGAAUUGAGUCAAGAGGCCAAUUUAAGGAAACAGCUAAUUUUCCUAUAUUAUUUGUCUUGUGAAAGGUAUCGUCCGAGUUUAGUAUAUUGUGUUCUGCUUUGUCUUUCACAUUGUUUCGUGUGAAGUUCCAUGCUAUAAAGAAAAAGCAGGAAAGUUGGACCCCUUCAAUGGGCAGGUAUUGGCCCAAUAGCAGUUUUAUUGUUCGCAGUCGCUACUGACUUGUUCUUAGAGAUGCAAAGUUUGCGAAGUUUUCACACUCAUGACACAUGCUUUUACUAUGUCGCUUUACAAUGUAGCCGAAAGAGCGGCUCAUAACAUUACCUCCCUUGGGGUGUUGCUGCUGUUGAUGUGUUAUUUAAUAAUUCCAGUGUUCUUUUGUGACAAUUGCUUUUUUAGAUGCGAAUUUUUUUUUCUUUGCCCUCGUUUUUCACGUCGCAAAGGCAGCUGAAGUUCAUCGAGGGCAGCAUGUUAGUGGGCCUAUUUUUUCAGUCAUGAAGGCUUUUGAAUAAUUGUGUUAAUAAGUGCAUUAAUUGCUAAUAUUGCCUUGUCAUACAGAUUGUGUCAAAACACAAAAAUUUUGAAUGUUAAAUAAUACUUGAAUAAAAGAAUGUUCACAAAA